UGGGAGAUUUUUAUUUUUAUUUAUUUAUUUUUUCUUGGGGGCCGGGCUUCAGGCCUGCAUCCAGAAUUUUCCCAGUGUAAAGAAAAGAAAUAGGAGUUUGGAGCUUGAGGAGUUGACACAUACGCAGCACGCCAAGUUGCCAAUACAAACGCAGGACCACCAGCCACCGACCACCGACCACCGAAGAGGAUUAUCCUCUCCAGAAACCUCCCCAUUUCUGUGUUUUCACGGUUUCCCUUUCUGCCUGUUUAGUCGAAGAAAUACACAACAUGAUUUGGGACGAGUGGGACGAUAAUGUAACCGACCACGAACAUUCCGACCAAGAAUCCCACCUUAAUUUCGAUUUCCUCUCUGCACUGUCCAAGCCCAAGGAUUACUAUAAGAUAUUGGAGGUGGAUUAUGAUGCUACAGACGAUGCCAUUCGAUGCAAUUACAUCCGCCUAGCGCUGAAAUGGCAUCCGGAUAAGCAAAAAGACGAAGGCAACGCGACUUCGAGGUUUCAAGAGAUAAACGAGGCCUACCAGGUUUUGAGUGAUCCUGUCAAAAGGAGAGAAUAUGACAAGAAAGGGAUGCUUUAUGUCUAUGAUUAUAAUAUAAUCGAGUAUCUCAACCGUCACAAAGGCCUUAUAUUGACAUGCAAUGGUCUUGGGAUAAGGCAUUCAAUAUGGUAAGCGGAUAUUAUAACAUGGAGAGAUAACCUUAUCAACAUCUUGUAACAUCUUACCCGUCCAUUUUACCUCUACUGGGGAGGUCUGUUGAUUAUGCAUCUUUCUUUCUUUUUUUUUUUUCUUUUUUUCUCUAUCUAUUUGGCUGAGUGGAAGGUCUUUUCUAUGCCCUCCCUUGCCUGUAUUGUAUAUCUAAGGCUGGAUAUAAUUAAACAAUGUUGUUAGUGUCGAACCAAAGUAGCCCCAUGUUAUUUGAAGUUGUUCUUUGCA